CUAAAAUGGCAGCAGACGAUUGGACAGUUCGCUGAGGCUGCGUUAUCACGUUCACACCACCCCCUUUCUUCAUUCGCCAAUCUCAAUAGCGGGAAGUUGUCGCCCUUUACGGGAACUAAAGACAACGGAGACUCGGGGAGACAGUAAAGGAGACAGGGAGGCAGCGGGAGACACGAGGAGACUGAUCCCAGCCUUCAUCCCACGAGCCUACAACUCGGUUAUAAUGGUCACAUGACGUCUUUCUACAGCCGCCCAAAAUGCAUCACGCGUGGAUAUUAAUUGUGGUCGCUAUUUUACUGAUGGAGACAAAUUGUCAAGGUCCAGAUUGUGAUGUGGAACCACAAGACAUCGUGGUUCCUCUGGGCGUCCCCGUCAACGCCACUUGUCUCCUUCGUGUCCCCACCGACCCCGUGUCUCUGCACUGGCAGUUGGGGAGCAAACAAAUUCAUUCAGAACUCUCGGUGUCCACGCGUCCCGGUACUCUGUCCGUGUCCCUGUCCGGACUGGCUUUGUCUCCUCCAAGUGGACACAAUCUGCUGUGCUUCAAGGAAGACAGAAUGUGCUACGGGACUGUGGUUUACGUGGGGGAGCCCCCUGUGCCUCCGAUGUCUGUGAGCUGUGAGACACCUGACCUCAAAUCCUUGUCCUGCGUCUGGAAGCCAGGAAACCGGACUCACGUUGGAAAAUUCACUCCCAAUUACACCCUCACUUACAGCUCUGGGAAUCGCAGUGUGACUGUGGAUGCCACGGAGACCGGGAGAGUCGUGGAGCUCCUGGACCGUCUGUCCGGCUUCUCCAUUACCGUGACGACGCAGAACCGGCUUGGGGUCGCCACAGCAACCGAGAUGUUCCCCACGGCAAUGCACGCUUUGCGCCCCCCUCCUCCCCAGGAAUUGAAGGUGGAGGGCGUGGGGGGCAGCGACCCCCCCGCGCUCAACGUGAGCUGGCUCAUGACCCCCCACCUCAGCGAUGUCGCGCUCAACUUUGAGGCCUGCGCCUUCAUCUCCGGCAGCGACCGCCCCCUCUGUGCGGAGCUGCCGAUGAGUCCCCCGUGGGCCGACUCCGCGCGGGGCACGCGGCCACAGCUACUGCUGUCGCCCGUGCCCCCCUACACGGCGCUCAGCGUGCGGCUCCACACGAGGGGCCCGGUGGCGGGGCCCAGGCAGUGGGGCCCAUGGGGAGACCCCUUUGCCCUUCGCUCACCAUCGGCCGUGCCUCUGGUGACCCCUGACCUGUGGAGGAUGGUUUCCAUUACAACUGCGGGUGACAAGAUGGCUGCCAUCAUGUGGAAAGCCAUCGGCGAUACCGAGGCGCGUGGCAAGGUCCGGUCCUACUGCCUGUGCCUCUCGUCGGCCCCGGGGACCGAUAAGGAAUGCCACAAGUUUCCAUCACCCCCGGUGAACGGGUGGCCCCUCCCCCCCGGAGCUACCCUCCCCGUCGCCGUGACGAUAACGGUGACUAACGAAGCAGGAGCGUCGCCCCCGGCGACUGUCGUCAUCACCCCCAGAGACUACAGCACAGAAUCUGUUCUGGCGGAGAGAAUUGUGGGAACAUCGUCAUCACCAUCAUCAUCAUUGCCAUCGUCAUUGUCAUCGCCAUCACUGGUGCUAUCAUGGCCACCCCACCCAUCGCCGUGCGGCCUGGUGGUGCAGUGGUCCAUUGCCACGGAGACCGGAGGUCAUCCUUGUUUGGUUGCUAUCGGCAACAUCAGCAGACACAGCAACAUCAUGAGCAGAACCUACUGGAAGAGAAUCGGACCAAAUUCUACCAGGGCAACACUUAACGCAGAGGACGAGCUGGAGUCGUACGUGCGCUAUGCCGUGUGUGUGUACGCUUGUGCGCAUAACGAGUUCACGCUCAUCAAGGCUGCCCACACAUACCUACAGGAGGGCACCCCUGUAGGUACCCCGGCUAUCUCUGUGACCGAUGUCUCUGAGCAGUCGGUGACUCUGAGCUGGGAGCCGGUCCCAGUGCUUGAGCUGCGGGGCUUCCUCACCGAGUACCGGCUCACCUGGAAUGAGGACAGAGGCAUUCCCCGCUCCAUCUCCGUGCCGGACACGGCUCUGCGUGUCCUCACAGUGCUGCAACUCUCCCCUAGAACCCAGUACUGGUUCACAAUGGCUGCCCUCACAGUACAGGGAGCAGGGCCAGAGGGGGAUCCUCGCCCGAUCCUCACCAAAGUCUCCUCAGUCGAUCCUGCUAGGAUUAUUGUUCCUGUUUGCCUCAGUAUCACCGUAGGCAUCAUCCUCGCCGUGAUUUUAUGCUAUCAUAGACAGAGGCUGAAGAAUGCGUUUUGGCAACCAAUCCCCAGUCUCUUCAACUUAACCUGGCUAAGGGAGUUGGUGGAGACGAAGACAAGGCCUGUCUCCUUGUCUCCUCCCAUGUUGCCGUGCUUCACGGACGUGGACCCAUGCUCCCUGGAGAUCGUGUCUUCCUACCCACAAUCCCCCGUGUCUCCCGUGUCCUCCUGUGUCUACGGGUAUAAGUUGGAAGAGACACAGGGAGACACAGAGACACUGGUAGACACGGACACACACGGCAGAGACACAGAGAUGCACGCAGGAGACACGGAGAUGCGCGCGGGAGACACGGGCGUCCUCUACUCAAUCAUUUCUCGAGACAGCACGACUCCUGCUAUCGGAGUUGUUGGGAGUGAGGUGUUGGAGGAGGAGAGAGAGGAGAGCGAUGGAUUCACUGCUGACCCCACCUGCCUCCCCGUGUCGAGCUACCUGCCCCAGAGAACGUCUUCCUGAUACACACAAAGACAUAGAUCCCCUGUGUAGCCUUCAACAGACUCUUAGGGAACACCAAUAUGAUAUACAAAAAACAAAGACACACGUACACACAUAGAUACUACAACAACAAAAGCUGAUAUUAGCCACUAAGUGGCGGUGAUGUCACCAUGGCGCUUGUGCCAGGCUAGGUCUAUCUUCGCUGACAAGAGGUCAUGGCACAGACCCAGGUGCCAUGGGUUGACUGACUGUGAUGGCUGGCAGAUGCACCAACUCUAUCAAUUUGCUGCGGUUUAUCCGCCCGGCGCUUUGCUCGUUGUUGUGAGCGUCGCUGCUCUGUGCUCCAUUACUGUUGGAGGGCGACUGCCUCCAACUCCCCAGCAGCGUCCUUCACAAACCUCCACAGAGGCCGAUCUUGACAUUGCUGGUAGCGGUCAUUGGCAUGUCCAAUCAACUCCACAUCCUUUUGUACCACAUCAGUCCAUCUCUUUUCCAGGCCGUGCCUAUAUAGCCCCCUUUAUCUGGCCAAACAGAAGUUGCUUGGGAAAGCGGUGGCUAGGCCAUGUGGGCUACAUGACCCAGCCAACGCAGUCUUGCCUGCCGGAGGAGUUCACAGAUGGGACUGUGUCCAGAUCUUUUAAGGAUCUCUGACCUUGCACAAUCCAGUCUGGUUAAACCCAGCAUGGUUCAUAGGCAGGGCAACGUGAAUGUUUUAAAUUGGUGUUCCUUUAAAGGGCUCACAGUUUUGCAAGCCUAGAGAAGAGAGGGCAUAACUGUGGCUGGAAAGACCCGGAAUUACUUUGGAGCGACAGGCCAGGUAGCUUUCACGCAGCAUUACGCAGCUGAUGAAAAGAUAAUGCUGCUUGGCUAAUUCGGAGUGAGACCUCCACUGCCAAACCAGAGCAUUGAACAAUAGAAAAAAUACCCAGGCAGGUGCUUUGUUUUUUUGUGGCUAGUGAUAAGGCCCCAUCUCGUAGUGGCUCCCUCCAGAUUCAGAAGUAGUGUCCCCAACUCCAUCUCAGUGGGCGGCAAUCACCAGAUCAUCAGCAUACGUAACAUGGUUGGCCAAUAGGGAGCCAUCACUUGACUGCACCUGGGCAUUGAUCAGCCUCCCUCCUAUUGUAUCUGUACCAAAUAUAAAUUCCAUUGGUACAGUUUCUCGAACGACAUGGUAAAAGAUGUUAAAUAGUGUAGGGAUCGGAGGACAAUCCUGGCGCACCCCAAGGUGGACAGGUAAUGGCUCGAACUCCCAGCCACGCAGUUUUACCUGGGCCUACCCGCCAUCAUGAAGUUCCUUAAUGAUUGUGAGCACAGGGUCAGGGACUCCAAAAGCACGGAGAAUUAUCCAGAGCCCUGGCCUAUUGAUGGUAUCAAUGGCCUUGACAAAGAGCCCCCUUUAUAGCCUUAAAAUAAUGUUGGGGCAAGUGCUGUUAGCAAGCACCUAUAAAGGCCAGAAUGUCACAUGAGGGGGUGAUGUGGCCAGCACCACGCUCGGCUGCCUUUGUCUCCCUAGUGGCGAUGUUUACACAUUGAUUCGGGUACUCAUUAAAGGUUAAGUCGACCUAGGGGAGGCCCAUGACCGGUUCAGAUAAUCAUCACUGGUGUUGGGUGUGAGCGGGAAUCAAACCCGGGUCACCAGGUUCAUAGCGCAGCACGCUAACGACUACACUACCGCUCCCCAAUAAACAACACAAACAUGGACACAUGAACACACGUAGCCAAACACUCCAGUAUUAUUGUUGUUUACCCAGGAAAGCCUUAACGAGUCUCGAGACUCUUAUUAAGAGGCUCCGACGUUGCUAUUGCGUAACGAUACGUCGAGUAAUUUUCAGGUAAUGUUUCAGUAUUGGGACGUGGUUUUGACCAAUCCUGGUUACACUGCUCGCGUGUGUUUAGCUAUGGGAGGAAAGCGAAGAACCCGGAGGAAUCCCAUGCAGGGCCAUAGCUAUGGAGACGGUCUUUGUUCGUGAACAUAUAAGAAGGUGGUGUGGCUAACACCAUGCCCAGUCGCCUCCGUGGUGCUGAUCUUUACAUGCCGCACCAGGCGCUCAUUUAAUGCUGUUAACCUAGGGAGGACCAGGACCGCUUCAGAUAUUUGUCGUUGAUUUUAGCCGUGAUCGGGAAGCGAACUCGGAUGACAGGGUUCAUCGUGCAGUGCGUUAACCACUGUGCCACCGCUCCCCACAUCUAAAACACGCGUGCACCAACACACGUACUUGUACAAAGACAAAAGAUCUGCCGUGUUAUCUACACAGACUGUUGGAGCAGUCUGUGUAGGUAACACUCGGACAUAACAGAUCUUUAGAUUAAAAACACACCACAAAGUCCGAAUGUUUACUAUUCACUCAUUGUUUCAUUGAGUAUAGGUUUUGCCUUGCUAAUACUGCACAGGUCAAAACGUUACUGGAAUAGCUAUUUUAUUUAACCACGCACACGGAGAGACCCAUGGACUCGCACAGAGACCCAAUCUCACCACGUUGUGACCUUGUAUUAAAAAUUCACAAUAAAAUAUUUAUAUGAGAA